GUAUAAGAAAAAAACUGGACUCGAUCCUUGGAUAAACUCUGAAUCCCCACAAAUCGAAAAGACUAAUAAUCACCUUUCACGGAAUUGUGUUAUCAAAAUUUCUAAGUUUCCGGAAGAGAAAGAUGUAAUUAUUGAAACAGUACAGAAACGAUUCCCUUUCUUGACAUAUACUAAUUCGAAUACAUGGCAUCGGGAUGUAUUUAAAUAUACCAAUUCAGAAGCUAAAUGUCCGAUAUGUAAAGAGGUACAUACACGCUUAGGUAUAUGGGGUGAUUGGAGCUGUCUCGGUAAAGAUGAUCACUAUUUUCUUAAUUGCCCUUUUCGUAUCGAUCAAAAGAAAGUUAUAAUCGCUAAACAGAGUUUGCCGGAAAUUCAAGUGGAUUUUCCUGCUGACUUGGAAAGAGAUAUACGCUUUUAUCGUGGUGGAAUAGAAAGGAAAGAAGACACUAGGAAAUAUCAUAAGUUUUUAACAGAUCGUGAUAGGCUGGUCGGUGAAGAGUUAUUACGUCACGGUAUAUUAAAGAGCGGUUUAAGUACUGCAUGGCUUGAUGAUCUUAUAGAAGAAUGGGAAAAAACUUAUAAUCAAUUCGUACAAAUUUUUAACUAG